AGGAGAAAUCUCAACAUGGAAGAACUCUACAGUGAAAAUGAAGGGAUAACUUUGAACCAAGUAAAGAUGGAAAAUGAAGAAAAGUCACAGGAUGAGGGAAAGCCGGAAGUAGCUUGCACUCUGGAAGACAAAGAAACAUUAGAAAAUAAGGGAAAGGUAGAAGAGGAGGAACUGUCAAAGGAUAAGGAAAGGUCAGAGAUUGGCAGAAAAGCAAAAGAGGAAGGAAUCCCAGAGAGAGGGGAAAAGCCAAAAGUCAAAGGAAAGCCACAGGGGGAGGGAAAGCCAGAAAGUGAGGAAAAACCACAGUGUUCUGGAAAGCCAGAGUGUGAAAUAAGGGCUGCCAUAAAACGCCCUGCUGAGGGUGACAUACCCAAGAAAGCCAAAAGAAAAACCAACAAGGGGCUGGCUCAGUACCUUAAGGACUAUAAAGAGGCUAUACAUGAUAUGAAUCUCAGCAAUGAGGAUAUGAUAAGAGAAUUUGACAAUAUGGCUAAGGUAAAGGAUGACAGGAGAAAAAUCAAGCAGAAAUUGGGGGGAUUAUUUUGGAUGCAAAGAAAUUUACAGGACCCCUUCUACCCAAGGGGCCCACGGGAAUUCAGGGGUGGGUGCAGGGCACCACGAAAGGACAUUGAAGACAUUCCUUAUGUGUAG